AAAAAGGAGACAAGUCAAAGGAAGCACGGCGGCUACGGUACGCAUAAAGUCUCUGACAAAACAAGAAGAAGAGCAAAACCAGAAGCAGAGGUUCUGAAAUCAUCUAUUUAUAUCUCUAUCAAUCUAUCCGCAGAUCCGUGAGCAAGACGAGAAGCCAAAAAAUGGAGGCCGACGAGAAGAAAGCAAUGAUCCGCGACGUAGCGCUACAAGUCGUUUUCAUUUCCCUCACUAUUUUCAGCUUCCUCUGGAUGCACGGCCUCCCUCAAAACCUCUACGCCAAGCUCCGCCACCGUCCUCCAAACUCUCGCGCCGUCCAAGCCAAGCGCCACUUCGUCCAAGGCGCACAGCUCCUCGCCCAAGCCAGAAGAUCCAAAAGCGCUUCCGCCGCAACCUCCCUCGCCAAACAGGCCCUAGCCGAGGCCGAGAAGGCCCUCGCGCUCGACCCCAAGGACGCCGCCUCGCACCUCCUCAAGUCCAUGGCGCUCGACCUCCAGGGCUUCCGCACCAACGCGCUCGACGCGCUCGACGCCGCGUUGUCCCCUCUCGCCGCGGGGUCCCUCGCCGAGGAAGAGAGGGGCGACGCGCUGCUGAAGAGGGCGGAGCUCAAGAUCGCGAUGAGCGAGCGGCGCGUUGACUCGGUGCUGGCCGAUUUGACCGAGUCGGUGAAGCUGAGUCCGCGAAACGCGAAGGCGUGGUGCAUGCUGGGGGAGUGCUACGAAGGAAACAAAAUGGGAGAAGAAGCGAAGAAGGCUUAUAAAGAGGCUUUGGAGUUGGAGCCACAGUCGAAUGUGGCUCAAGAAGCGCUCAGCAGGUUGGGAUCAUCGUAACCGAGCUAUCGAAUGAUGUGAGGUUUAAGAUGAGAUCGCUUUUAAUUUAUAAGUGUUGUUGUUUCUAAUCUACGAUUAUGGAUAGAGUAAUUGGAUGUUGAGUUUGAGCAAGCAAUAAAUGAUUUUCACCAAAGGAUUAUAAUUCUACACUACGUUAAAAUGCGAGAUCUUAGCAAUAGAAAGGGAAACAAAAAUUUCUUACUUGUAUUUCUUGGGGGACCUCCUUCUGCCACUGGACCAUGCAGAUACAGUCCUACUUUCAUUGAAGCUCACUUUCAAGCCACUGUAAAAAAGGAAGAAUUGAAGAGAGAUCCUUUGCUACUUA